AUUUAUUGUGCGUGGAAGUGGCAGGUGCAGACUGACUGAAGCAACCCAACACCACAGGAGGACUGAGCUUUGCUUGGAGCCACUUCAGUCUGACAGAAACAACACUUCUGGUUUUUUCACCCUGUCUGACGGGGUGGAAAUAGCUGUGGUCCUCUGGAAAUGCUGCUGGGGAAGGCCUGGGCUGCAGGGAGCUCCCACCUGCCAUGGCAGCGUCUCCUCAGGGCCCCCAUGGAGCUGCUCUUCGUCCUGCUGCUCCUGCAGGUUACUGCUGCUGACAGUUUUUCUCAUGAAAUGGAAAAUUUCAGUUUAAGACAAGCCAUCAGAAGGAAGAGUAUUCAGGGGAUGGAUUCUUAUCAGUCAGACAGUCUGCAACCUCUGAAGCGAAGAAAAAGGGCCUGGAUUAUCACCACCAUUGAUGUUCAAGAGGAGGACAAAGGACCAUUUCCCAAAUAUGCUGGAAAGCUGUUCAAUAACAGAUCAUUUAAUACAUCACUGAAGUAUUUGAUCAGUGGACCUGGGGUGGAUGAGGCUCCAGAGGUUGGACUGUUUUCCAUACAAGAUGCUGCCAAUGGAGAAGUGUUUGUCCAUCGCACCAUCGACAGGGAGAGGACCCCAGUUUUCCAGAUUCGUUUUGACGUUGAGAGCAGAAAAUCUGGUGAGCUGUUGGACAGCCCUCUGUUUUUCAGGAUAAAGGUUAAAGAUAUCAAUGACAAUGCCCCUGAGUUUUCCAUGGAAGAAUAUGGCACUACAAUAAGAGAGAACCAUAGUAAAGAUGAGCCAGUUAUCCAAGUCACAGCCCAGGACAAAGAUGAAGAGGGCACUGUGAACUCACAGGUGUCCUAUUCUAUCAGUGUGCAAAUGCCCUCUCCAGAUGGACUCACAUUCAACAUUGAUCCGACCACAGGAUCAAUAUUUCUGUCAGGAUGCCUGGAUUAUAAGACUGCCAAGUCUUUCUACCUUCUGAUCAAAGCCAGUGACCAUGGAAGUCCCCAGCUGUCAUCUACUGCAACAGUCACUGUUGCUGUUGAAGAUGCAAACAACCAUCUCCCUGUAUUUACUAGUGAUAACUACCAUCUGCAGAUUUCAGCAGGAGAAGAACAUCCAGCUGUGCUACGGCUCCAAGUGGAAGACAGGGACUCUCCCAACACUCCAGCAUGGAGAGCAAAAUACAAAAUAACAAAGGGCAAUGAGAAGGAGCAGUUCAGCAUUGAGACGGAUCCAGGCACAAAUGAAGGCAUUCUGAGUGUUAUCAAGCCUCUCAGCUAUGAAGGUGACCAUGAGAUGACACUUGUAAUUUCUGUAGCAAAUGAAGAACCAUUCUUCUGGUGUAAAAAUGGCAUUGUGACGAUCUCUGAUUUGGAAUCCACAAACACAGCUGUGAACAUCAAGGUCUUGCAAAGUGCUCCAAGGUUUCAUCCUCCUAUACUUAUUGUCCAAAAGGAAGAUUCAAUGAAGCCUGGGAGGGUAUUUCGAAAGUAUCCUGCCACAUAUCCAGAUGAUGUGCCACAUAAGAUAAAAUAUGAACUAGCUCAUGACCCAGAUGGUUGGCUGAGUGUGGAUGAGAACUCUGGUAUUCUUACUGUGGUAAAAGAAUUUGAUCAAGAAUCCCCCUCCUUGAACAACAGCCUGUACACCAUUAUUGUUCAUGCUACUGAUCAUGGCAAGCCACCACAGACUGGUACUGGCACCAUCCUGCUUUACUUGUCUGACAUUAAUGAUCAUAUGCCAGCUUUGGUGGCUCCUGAUUUAGAUGUGUGUGACAAAAAAGAAGGGACACCUCUUGUUAUAGAAGCCAAGCCUGCUCUGGCCCGUUCACAUUCAGGGCCAUUUACAUUUGAGCUGGCUGAGGACUCUGAAGAUGUGAAGCUUAACUGGACAUUAGGAAGGAACUUUGGGCAGUCAGUUGAACUUCUGAUGCUAAGAAGCCUCCCACAAGACAGCUACUUGGUGCCCAUCAUUAUUCAGGACAAGCAAGGAUUUUCCACAAGGCAGAACCAGCACAUCAGGCUCUGCUUUUGCCCAGAUGGACACACAUGUUCAUCAUAUUCACCAGUUCUACAAGCAGCAGUGGGACUUGGAAGUGGUGCCAUUGUGAUAAUACUGAUGGCUUUCUUCUUACUACUGGUCUCCAGCAUCGUGCUUUGCCACUGUUACAGGCCAGGGGCUAAAAUCAAAGCCAUUGCUCUACACCAGGAAGGUGAACAGACUUUAAUCAACUACAAUGAAGAGAGCAAAAGUUCUUUUUCUGAGGCUGGGCUGGAUAUUACACGUGGUGUUACCCCAACAACAGUGUCCACAGAGGUUGGAAAAGAAGCCAUUUCUGAGAAUCACUCUUUCACUGGUUACAAGACAUCCAGAGCAAGACACCUGGAUUGCUUCAUGCAGACAGUGGACAGAACACUGGCUCAGAAAGUGUAUUACCAAAGCAUGCUGGAAGAUUAUGGGGACAUCUGUGAACCUUGCAGAUACACUGAGGAAGGAGAAGUUUUUGAAUUAGAGCCCAGCAACUCUCCCUGCUCCAUCUCCAUUGGCAGUGAGGACUUGCCUGAUGAUUUUUUAAACACUCUGGGACCAAUGUUUUCUGCUCUGGAAGAGAUCUGUCAGAAGUGAUCUCCAUCACUCAGUUAAUGUCAGAAGUCUGUGACUAUGGUGCUGCAAAGUCUUCUGGCAGGAGCAGUGAAAAUUUCAGAAAAAAAAUCUGUGCUUGAAGGCUCUGCAGUGUUUGCAGCAUGAAGACCUGGCAUUUCAUUCUUCCUGCCUGCACUGUUUCAUGUGGGCAGCCAAAAACCUGGCAUGUCUCAAGGUCCACUGUGCAGAGGUGAUGGGAGGAUUUUGGCAUAUUUGUGCACACUGAUACAAAUAGAAGAUCUGAUAUUAAGGAUUCUCAACUCAGUAUGCAAAGGAAAAAAAACCAACCUAAAUCAACUGGGCCUGAAAUUAUAGGCAGAGUUCCAUAUGGAGAUAAGUCAGUUUUGAAAAGAGAAGGCAGUUAUCUGCUAGACCAGUGUAUAGUCCUUUCUCCAGUAAAUGGCCUCUUUAAACCCAAGAUUAAGUUUAGUACAGUGCCAUAUUUUAUAUCCAUUAUAUAUGAUAAUGAAACAUCGAUGACAAAGUUCACUCCCAAAGUUCACACACAGCUCUGCAUCAUCCCUCCUUUAGCAUGAAGGAGGCACUUUUGGUGCUUGUGUGUGUGCUGGCAUCUGCUGGCUGUUGGUAUCAUGGCACUGCUGUAAAUAAUACCCAAAAUGCUAAGAAAUUGUUGUCAGAUGAGGUUACUCCUUUCAAUAAAAUAACUUCCUGCUCUAAAUUAGCCACAAGUACCUCUGAGGGGGAAACUCGUGGAUUUCCUCAAGCACUGCUGAUAAAACAGAUGAAAUGAUAAAAAAGGGAUGGUAUUCUCUAUCAGGAAACCACAGAUGUGUAACUUUUAAAUUCUGAGGUUUGGAUUUGCCUGACUGUGUGUGAUUGGCCUCUGCUCAGUUCUGGCAUGAAGGCUGUUGAUCUUACAAUACAGAAAUGAGGGAAGAACAGCUCAGGAGAUUGUGUUCUGCCAUUAGGCAAGUUAUACAUGCAGGAAGUGUUGGAAUUAGUUACAAAUCUUAUUCCCAUUCUAUUAUAAUUUUGUGCUGAAAGAAAAAUGCUUUGCCUAAGGCAAGCACUAAGUCUGGGAGCUAACUGUUUUUGUGUUUCAAAGUUUACUUAAACAAUAAAUUAUGCUUUCACUCACAUGUUAUUAACUAAUAAUUCAAGGCUGGGAACUUCAGUCAAGUGUGAUAAAAGAAUUUGGCUGAGUGGCAGCCACGUUCUCCUAAAUGCCAGCAGCAAGGUCUGUUUACACAAUAAAUCACUCCUGUGAUAAACUGUCCUGAAAUUAUAACUCCAGAUGGAAGACUUCAAGUCAGGCCAGUGAUUUAGCAACACUGCUAAUACCUGAGGUGACAUUUUUAUUGCAGGUGAUAACCAUAUUGGUAAGAUUAGAGUUAUGCUGUGUUUUGCUCUUUCUUCUGAAAAUUACACAAGGCUGAGAAUAA